UGCUCCCAAAAAUGGCACUACAGCAUGUAAAAAUAUAAUAUAAGCUCUGGCGGACUUGGUUCUAUGGUAGGUCUUAAAGGGUUAAAGUCCCUAUUAACCCACAUGCCACAGUACUGCCUUGAAGUGGUAAAGUUUUAGUUCCCGUGCGACAUUAAGGGGAUUUGUGGGUUUUGUUUUUAGGUUUUUUUUGUUUGUUUUUUCAGACGUCACACUGACUGAAGUCACCAUGUAAAGUAGGAAGUGUAGAGCACUUCUGUGUCAGAGUCCAUCAGAGCUGAGCUGCUUUCAGACGACUCCGUCUUGUUGUGGAUGCUGAAGCUGAUCAUGGUUCUCCUGUGGAUGAUCCUGUUGGUGCUUCUGCUCUGUGCAGAGGCCGAGAAUGUGAGAGAGGUCAGAGGAGAGCUGGGGACCAAUGUCACUCUAACCUGCUCCAAUCAGACAGCAGACACACACUGGUACAUGGAGAUCUACAGUCAGUUCAGAGCAUGUAUCGGCCGCAGUUUUUCCUCAGCAGGCUCUACCUACUGCUCUCCUGGUUUUGAAACCAAAUUUUCAGUCCUGGGAAACAAACUGAUAAUUAAAAACUUGACAGCAGAGGACUGCAGGCUUUACUUCUGUGGCAUCGAGAGAGGAGGCAGCAUUCAUUUUGUUGAAUCUUUCCACCUUGUCUCAAAUGUCAUUGUUCCUCCCAACGACCCACAGAACGACUGCUAUAAGAGUCGCCUCAUCAUCAUCUGUGUCUCAGUGGCUGCCUUUAUCAUUCUGAUAAUCAGUUUUGUCGUCAUAUUGCUGUGCUUGAAGAGGAGCAAAUACUACGACCGAUGCUUCAGGUCACAUCUGUGACGCUACAGAGCUACUGCGGGCUGUGCAGGGUAGGUGACCCUCUUCCAGCAAGACAUCACGGGGUUUGAUUCAUUCAUUUCAUUUGUAGUGUGUAGUAUCAGUACACAAUAUAUUUCAUGAUUUGUUGUAACAGUAUUAAAAAGUAAUUUGUCUGCUUCCACUUUGUUUCACUGUGUAAUAAAAAUUACAUUUAUUACAAUGUAACAUUUGUUCUUUAUUUUAAUCCAUAUUUCUAUUUCUAAUCUAUUUCUUAACCGUGGGAACAUUUAAGAAGAUCAGAAGACACCGUACAAUUUAAACUGAGCCUUUUGUGUCAUGUAGCAGCCAACUGUUACUUUAAACAUGUCAUUGUCAUCUCUGGUACAAUGAUUUUGCUGUUAAAGUUGCUAUUGUUCUCAUUACUAGCAUCACUACUGCAGCAUUGUCAUUAAAUCAUUGAGCUGCAGAAAACAGUUGAAUAUCUCUAAUACUAAACCAAGCUACUGAGUUUAAGCAAGGCCGUCAAAGUAAUUCUACUUCCUGAGCGCUUGCUCGUUUUUGUGGUUUUUAAAAAAGUCUGAUGUCAUAUCAAGUGACCAUCUGAAAAAGGAAGUGUAGAGCACUUCCCUCUUAGAAUCACAUCAGAGCUGAGCUGCUUUCAGACGACUCCGUCUUGUUGUGGAUGCUGAAGCUGAUCAUGGUUCUCCUGUGGAUGAUCCUGUUGGUGGUUCUGCUCUGUGCAGAGGCCGAGAACGUGACCGAGGUCAGAGGAGAGCUGGGGACCAACGUCACUCUAAACUGGUCCAAUCAGACAUCAGACACAUACUGGUACAUGGAGAUCUACAGUCAGUUCAGAGCAUGUAUCGGCCGUAGUUUUUCUUCAGCAGUCUCUACCUACUGCUCUCCUGGUUUUGAAUCCAAAUUUUCAAUCCUGGGAAACAAACUCGUGAUUAAAAACUUCACAGCAGAGGACUGCAGGCUUUACUUCUGUGGCAUCAAGAGAGGAGGCAGCAUUCAUUUUGUGGAGACUUUCCACCUUUUAUUAGAUGCAUCUACCAGCAACCCACUGAAGGACUGCAUCAUGACUCAGUUCAUCCUCACGAUAUCCGUCUCAGUUGCCGCUGUCAUCAUUCUGAUAAUGGGUGGGGUUUUGAUACUGCUGUGCUCGAGGAAGAACAAAAGUAGCAAACAGGUAGAAGAGCCUUCAGCUCACAUCUACGAGAACGCAGAAACACUGUGGGCUAUUCAGGGCAAGGUGAUCCACCCCUACCGAGCAAGACAUCACUGAACGAGUUCUUUCAGACGCUACAAGACUUCAUUUGUUGUAUUUCACUGAAAAACAUACAAACAUUUGUGCACGUUUCUUCUCUGCAGCAAAUACAUUAAUUUUUUGCUAGUGCUGUAGAGCGUUAAUCUCGUUAAAAUGAUGUUAACGCCAUAACCGCGUUAACGCGACAAAUCUGCAUUAGCGAGUCAAUGUGGAUCGCCCCGUGCGUGGGGCUGCACAGCGUCAACGCAUAGAUUUGCCACGUCAGUGCGGUUAUGGCGCUAACGUCAUUUUAACGAGAUUAACGCUGACAGCACUACAUUUUGUAUAUUAUCAGGCUUGUUGGAAGACAUCUGUCCACUUGAGAUGUAAAACUUUCCAAUCAUAUGGAAAGUUGUACGUUUUAAAAGAUAAACUAUAAGCUGCUGUCAAACCCUGUCAAGAUGGAAUCUGAAGACAGACAAUGAUUCAAACUUGUGGGUUCAUUUUGCAGUAUUAGUACUAGGUGGAGGCAAUAACAGUAUUUAUGAUACUAACAGAAAUUUUAUAAAAUACACUGAGGAGUAACAGUAGUAAAAGAAGUACAAACAUAGUUAAUGUCAACAUCAUAGGUAGUAGUUUUCGUUAAAGUUCUUGAAAAUGGAGCAGUAAUCUAUUAAUAGAUGUAGUAAAGUCUACGUUUGUGGUAGAACUGAUGCAGUAGUAAUAACAGUAAGGAUUAUGGGUAGUUUUUGCAGGAAUUUUAUAGCGUUACUGUCAGACAGGAUGGGGUUGGUGGGUAAAACGUUUCCUGACUUCUUCUUUUCUGCAAAGAUUCUGGCAACGCCUGAAGAAAAAGUAGAAAAGAGGAAAUAAUUUGAAGUGCUAAUUUUACAAACGUUUCCAGGGAAAUAUGGCUACUCCGCAUGACUUCACCAUUAAAAUCCUACUGUCAUCACUUCUUCUGCACACAACGAUGUGGCUGAAUUUAACUUUAAAGUCUUCACUCUCAGAAACAGCCAAAUGUAUUAGAUGUGCUGAGUGUGUUGGGAGGUUCUUCAGAACCACUGAGGUAUCUGACGUACCACAUCUUUUGGUGUGCA